UUUUGGAGCAUAGUGAUCUCAACUCCUGUGUUGAUCGGUUCGUUCUGUUUUAUUUUACGACAAAGCUAAAGAGAAAAUGUCCGGACGCGGAAAAGGCGGUAAAGUGAAGGGAAAGGCAAAGUCUCGCUCAAACAGAGCUGGGUUACAAUUUCCGGUUGGCCGUAUACAUCGGCUUUUAAGAAAAGGAAAUUACGCUGAACGCGUUGGAGCCGGAGCACCGGUUUAUUUGGCUGCUGUUAUGGAAUAUUUAGCUGCUGAAGUUUUGGAAUUGGCUGGUAAUGCUGCUCGUGAUAACAAAAAAACUAGAAUUAUUCCAAGACACUUGCAAUUGGCAAUCCGUAAUGACGAGGAAUUGAACAAAUUGUUGUCUGGUGUGACCAUCGCUCAAGGUGGUGUUUUACCGAACAUUCAAGCCGUUUUAUUACCGAAAAAGACAGAAAAGAAAGCUUAAUUAAUCAAUAACUAUCAUUUACCACUGCUACUAUUACUACUACUGCACCACAUACGGCCCUUUUCAGGGCCAC